AUGGUUGAGGAGCUAAGUUACUUCCUUGAUCUUCAAGUAAAGCAAACUGAUUGUGGGCUAUUUGUCUCUCAAUCAAAAUAUGUCAAAGACCUUGUGAAGAGAUUUGGUUUGGACAGUAAGAAACACACAAGGAGCAUGAUAGGCAGUUUACUUUACCUUAUAGCUAGUAGACCUGACAUAGCGUUUAGUGUUGGUGUAUGUGCUAGAUUUCAAGCUGAUCCUAAGGAGUCUCAUCUAAAUGUAGUGAGGCGCAUUAUUAGAUAUGUCAAUGGGACAGUAGAUCAUGGGAUCUUAUAUUCCAGAGAGUCCAAUCUAGAACUAGCCAACUAUUCUGAUGUCGAUUGGGCCGGAAACGCCGACGAUAGAAAAAGUACCUCGGGUGGAUGUUUCUAUGUUGGUUCUAAUCUUGUCUCAUGGAUGAGUAAGAAACAAAACUCAAUCUCCUUGUCCACAGCCAAGGCAGAAUACAUUGCAACUGGUAGCUAUUGCACUCAACUGCUUUGGAUAAAGCAAAUGCUGAGUGACUAUGAGAUAAACCAGGGUAUUAUAACUGUUUUCUGUGACAAUACUAGUGCUAUCAACAUAUCAAAAAAUCCGGUUUAG